AUCACGUGAGUGGUUUGAACCAAUCACAGUCCUUGUCACAGACCUGGAUACGAUUACAUCAGCUGGAUGAGAACGACGAAGUUGUUUCAGAUGUGAAAGAUGGAAUUCGAAGAUCAACUUUCGCCUGCUCAGGUCUCUUUAAAGGAGGAAUUGGCCCUUAUAUUCCCUAAUUUAAGUGCUGACAUUCUGUAUGACACAGUUCUGGACCACAGUAACAAGAAUGACUUAGACCAGUGUGUUACACAUAUAUUGGACCACUGUGACGACUCACGAAUACCGGCUGAUGUGACAAUUACGAAAUUUCUUACAUUGGACUCUUCUGAAAAUUGCACUGACGAUAUGCUACACCAGGCUUGUUCUAUGGAUGCAAUGUUUGUACAAAGUCCAGGCUGUGAACAGCGCCCAGCGCUCGUCUUUGAUGAGUCCUUCAGAGGCGACAACAGACAGGCUUUACGAAUUGUAUUGGUCGGUAAAACCGGAUCUGGGAAAAGCUCCACAGGUAAUACCAUUCUAGAUGAAGAGGCUUUCAAGACUUGUUUUUCAGCUUCAUCAGUGACGGAGAUAUGUCAAGAAGUUAAAGCUAUCAGGUUUGGACAAGGGAUCCAUUUAAUCGAUACUCCGGGAGUGUUUGAUACACGUAAACCAAACACGCAAGUCCUGCAGGAAAUUGCUAGAUGUAUCAGCAUGUCAUUACCGGGACCUCACGUAUUUCUUCUUGUUCUUAAGGCAGGGAGGUUUACUCCCGAGGAGAACGACACUGUCAAACAUUUUGCUGACCUGUUUGGAGAAGAUGUCUUCAAGUAUAUGAUCUUAGUGUUUACAGGAAGAGAUGCGUUAGAAAAAAGACAGUCGUUUGAGGAGUUCCUGCAGACAAUACCACCUACACUUGAUGAAAUUAGAGAAAAAUGCAACAAACGUUGUAUUGCUAUCGACAAUAGCCCAGACAAUAAGUCUCGCGCCAUCGAUGCCGGGAAGUUGAUGCAACAAAUCAAUGACCUUGUUGAGAAACGUAACGGCAAAUGCUACACAAAUGAGAUGUAUAAGGCAGCCGAGAAAAAAUGUCUUGAAAGGGAAGAAGAAAUAAGGCGUCAGAAAGACCAGGAAAAGAAGAAAGAAAAAGAACAAUUGAUAAAACAGCUGAACCAGGAUUUUCAAAAGGACUUUGACCGCUUAAAAGCUGAACAGAAUUCACUGCAGCGAAAAAUACGCGACUGCACUACAGAGAAGGAAAUGUUGGAAGAAAAGUUGCAUGACAGCAGUUUGAAAGACGAAGAAUUGGCAGUGUUGAAGGAAACAUUAAGAAGCGUCGAAACAGAAGCUGAGCAGUACAAAGAACAAGCUGAAGAUGCCACACAUCAGCGGCAGGUGUGCUUACAAAACCGUGACCGACGUAUUACUCAACAAUCAAAGGACUUGGAUCGUAAAUACGACAACGAAAUGAACUUAAGUAUCGGAAUGUCAAAAUCAGCCGCGGUAUUUACAAUGAUCAAAGGUGCUGCGCAACUGGGAUGGGGCAUUUGGAAUUUUUGUCAGUGGCUUGAAUAGAACUGACAAUAAGUAGAUCGCAUACAAUCGUCUUUGAAACGAAUACAUAAUUUUAUCUUUAACUUGGUCGAGACAGCUUAAGCUUUGCCUGAAGAAGAUCGUGAUGUUAUUAAGUACUUAAUAACUCGUUUUGAAUAUAGUUUCCGCUUCCAUCGUUGUU